AUGGCGCCCCAACCUGAAGGGUCAAACCCAUCUCUAACAGCCGAAGGCUGGACCUUCCUCGAAUCUGACAAUGUGUCUGAAAUAUCCAAUUCCAGCUCACUUGAUGAACUCUUCGAGCAGAAUCGUCUGCAUCUGACCGUCAAUCCUCUUGACCCGUUCUUGCCUACGAUCCGUCCCACAAACGACCUUUUCUACGAUCCAAUAGUUCCCGCUGCAACUCAAUCCGUCUCUCCAGCUCGGGUCGACGCCAGCGACGAUGAUGCUGCAGCAGCUGAGACUAAGCCCGAUCAAGCUGACCUUGCAUUCCAGAUCUUGGACACCCCCCUCCAUGAUGCUACAUUCGACUCGGAGGACUACUUUGACGAUAUUCUAUCUGGUUCUUUUGUGGCUGGAUAUGUUGCGCCUGCUGAGGAGCAAGUCUCCAGCUACGAGAAUGCGGUUAAUGCCAACAACUAUGACUUCCUGGAUCUAGAUCUAGCUACCAAUGACUUCGCCCCAGGAAACAGCAUGUUGCAACCUGCUUCACAGCUGGCCAGUCUCGACACAUUUGACCCCGACUUCUGGGCGUCCUUUCCCACAGACAUAGACACGGGAUCUCCUUUCCUCCCCAGUGUGCUCGACAAUGUGCACUACCCUCCAGCUCCCGAGGAGGUUCUGUUGACGCCGCGCUCCCUGAGCAAUUUGGCCGAUUUCUAUGGAUACUCCGAUCUGAUAACCGACCCUACUUCCACCUCAGCUCCACAGCAUUCUCUAGCUGACGCCUUGCCGACUGUGCCAGACCAAGAACCCGAAGAUCCACUCCUGGAGGAUCCUGGCCAACUUGGAAUGUCUCAGCCAUGGCAGCAUAACCUUUCAGAGCUUGGCUUUAGUCAAACUCCUAUUGAUUUCAUGCUAGAGGAUAUUCUCUCCCAAACCGACGACAACGAUGACAACGCAACUCUCUCUGAUUCGACGCUGGGGUCUAGAUCAUUCACAGAAUCCGCAGUUUCGUCUUCCUCUAGUGCAACCCGAAGCUCUUCCAAGCCGUCGGGGAGAUACAGACACAGCCCAGAAUGGUUUGAAGCGGGUGUAAGACGUCAGCGAAAGGCUGCUUCCAAGACCCCGGCUGCAGACUAUCACGAGAGACUCGCGCGCAAGCGAGAAGAGCAUCGACAAUACCGGGAGGGGCUUCGCGAGAAGCUUCUGAGGGGGCGUGGAAUAAGACGGCUUCAUACGCCACCCCCGACUUCUAGCUCCCCUCUCCAUCUGGCUGUUCCUCGAAGUACACCUACACAGCGACCAAGUGUGUAUCGCCCGCGCCAUGUAGCACCCGCUUCGGUUCUCCGUCCCGCCCAACCCCCUGUCGCAAAUCCAGGCACCAGAGUCGUAUGGUACCAAAAGGAAUCAGCCAGCACGGGUGCGGUUCUAGGAUAUGUUCGCCACGUCGAAGAAUUCUACCCGCAUCUUCCUGCCACUGUUGGUACUCCUCUCAUCCGUGUGACUGCUCCUGCUGUGACUCCUGUUUCAGCGCGCAGCUCUGUGGUUUCGUUACCGGUGUCGCAUAGAGGACAAGCACCACUGCCGACCCCGGCCAUGCAUGGAGUACCUGCAGUUCUUGGGGGACCUAAGCGUCCCAUAUUCCUAGAUUGA